GUCAUGAUGGUAAGGACUAAGUAAAGGCAUUGUGUCGUUGUGUAGCUAGUGUGAAUCAACGCUGUUUACAUUUUGAAGAUUUCCUUGCUGGUUGCCUAUAUUGCACCAGUGCACAGAGCUACUGUUAGCUAGUUAGCUGUUUACAUUUUUGCUCCUCAGUGUGCUCCACUUGCAGUCUACUCCUGCACGUUAAAUGUGGUUACAGUUUCGUAACCUAGACAGGGUACUUCUACCCUCACAUGUCGUUGCCUGUUGGCAAUUAUCUCUCUACUAUUCUAUUUAAUACAUUUACAAAUAGACGCACUGGUUUGUCUUUUGCUCUGGUAGCAUAGAAGGCUAGCUAGCAUAGCUUCGUAGUAACCAAGCCAGAGCAUCCCGUAGUCCACGAGCUCAUACCUUGUACAGGCUUUCUUGCCCGAGUAGAAAGGUGGGUGGUGAUUGCACUAUAUGUUUUACCAACCAUUGACUUGGUGACCUGAACGAGGAGUCCGUGUCACCUGGAUCAUUACUGGACGUGACUACGCCUGCUGUUGUAUAAUGGCCCAGGAAGCGUUUCCAUUGCAUUAUUUGGUGUGGAACAAUCAGUACCAAGAACUGGGCCGGGAGUUGCAGAGUAAACAGCAAGAUUUGGAGCGGCUGGACCCACGCGGGCGGACCCCGCUCGAGCUCGCCAUCUGCCUGGGACACCUCGAAUCAGCGCGCGUGCUGCUCAGAUACAAUGCGGAUCCCACGCAUUGUAACGCGCAGAACUGGACGGUGUUGCAGGACGCGGUCAGCACGGGGGAUCCUGAGCUGGUGCAGUUGGUCCUCCAGUACAGAGACUACAGAAGGGCAACCGAGAGGCUGGCAGGAAUACCUGAACUACUAAGCAAACUGCGACAAGCCAAGGAUUUCUAUGUGGAGAUGAAGUGGGAGUUCACAAGUUGGGUUCCUCUGGUGUCCAAGGUGUGUCCCAGUGAUGUGUACCGUGUGUGGAAGAGUGGAUCGUGCCUGAGGGUGGACACCACUCUGCUGGGCUUUGAGCACAUGACCUGGUUGAAGGGUCACCGCAGUUACAUCUUCAAGGGUGGAGAGAGUGGUGCGGUGGUCAUGGAGGUUGACCAUGACAAACAGGUGGUGUACACGGAGCCACUGUCUCUCUCUCCCCGCGACGCCUCCUCCCUGCUGGACGCCAUGCUGCCCUCGCAGGAGAACACAGCACAGAGGCUGACCUCUCCGAUCGUCUCCACACACCUCAACACGCGCAACAUUGCCUUCGAGAGGAAUAAGUCUGGUAUCUGGGGCUGGCGCUCUGAGAAGAUGGAGGUUGUCAGUGGAUAUGAAGCCAAGGUUUACAGUGCCACGAAUGUGGAGUUGGUGACACGCCUCCGAACAGAGCAUCUGUCAGACCAAGACAAGUCUAGAUGUAAAGGUUCCAAGACGCCUCUGCAGUCCUUUCUGGGUAUAGCAGAGCAGCAUGUCUCACAGAAUGGGAGUCAAGUGUCUCAAUGCGCAAGUCCGCACAACCCCACGGACAUCACAGCGGAGGAAUACUUUGACCCCGAGUUCCUCCUGAAUGGCAGAGACAUCGGACGACCUGUGGAGCUCACCAGCAAAGUGCAGAAAUUUAAGGCCCACCUUUGGUUGAGUGAAGCACAUCCUCUCUCAUUGGCUGAGCAGGUGACUCCCAUCAUUGACCUCAUGGCCAUCUCCAACGCUCACUUUGCCAAACUUCGUGACUUCAUCACCUUGCGCCUACCGCCAGGCUUCCCGGUGAAGAUAGAGAUCCCAUUGUUUCAUGUGUUGAAUGCUCGGGUGACCUUCAGUAACCUCUGCGGCUGUGAUGAGCCGGUCAGCUCCAUCACGGUACUUUCCCCAACUGAGGCUUGUGAAGCUGGCCAAACACCACCCCCGUUCCACUGUGAGGUGGACCCAUCCGUGUUCGAGCCCCCCCCGGACUACACGACUCUUGGGCCAGGCCGCAGUGAGCCAAUGAGAGACGAGGAUGAUAACCUGCUGCAGUUUGCUAUCCAGCAGAGCUUACUGGACGCGGGGACCGAGAGCGACCAGGUGACCAUAUGGGAGGCCCUGACCAACACUCGCCCGGGUCCCCAGCCUCCCCUCUACGAGGACGACCCUCAGCUGGAGAGAGCCAUUCACGAGUCCCUCUCACUGGGUGGAGGAGAUGGAGAGGAGGAGGAGGAGGAAGAGGAAGAGGAGGAGGGGGGGACGGAUCCUGAGCUCCCUGCGUCCGGCUCACCCCCGCACCCCUCCGUCAACUCCCCGCCCUCGUACUCCUCACUGGCUGAGCCCAGGGUGCCUGGAGCUGUUGGCAUGGCGACUACUUUUGACGAGCAGCUACGCAUCGCCAUGGAACUGUCGUGCCGGGAGCAGGAGGAGCUGGACAGGGAGAGGAGGGAGGAGGACGAGGAGCUGGAGAGGAUAAUACAGCUGUCACUCACAGAGAAGUAACCGUGACGAACUCACUACGAGAGGAUAUUACAGCUGUCACUCACAGAGAAGUAACAGUGACAAGCACACUACGGGGAGUGGGUGUGUGGGGUGAAGAAAGGGUUAAUUUAUUAUUUGCACUUUUACAUUUUCUUGUUAAAUUAUUCUUUUUUUUUUUUUCUUCAUUCCAACUAUUUGACAAAAACCAUGAAGGGACACGAGAAACACAAGAUGGACAGAAAGUAGGGGGGGUUCUGGGAGGAAGAUGAGAAAUAAAAGGGGGAAAAGAAAACUAAAUGUGGAAUUCUGACAUGCCUUCCGUUUCCCACUGUUUUGCUGUCAUCAUUUUGAGUCUUAAAAUGUCACCAAGCUUUAAACUGAAGUAUUGAUAUCAAGUUCAAGAUAAAACGGAUGAAUAUAAUUAUGAAUAAAAUGAGUAAAUCUAGUGGAGCUCUGGCGGCACACGUGAAUAUGAUAUGAAAAAUAAAUCUAUUAAAUGUUCUUGAAACAGUC